UCAAUAUAUAUAUAUAUAACAUAAUAAUAAAGCUGGUGUCCCACACGUAGAUCAACGUAACACAACCUUCAUACAUUGAUAUUCAUGAGGUAAACCCUCGACCAAUUAGAAUCCCACACGUAGAUCAAACCAUAGCAGAUCAACCAUCUAUCUAUGUGCCUUGAACCUGCAUCAAACGACUGAGAUUUUCUGUUUCUCAAAACAAAAUUGUCUUCUUGUCUCUCUUCUCUCUUGCUGUUUCAGUUCUUCAUGUUUUCCGAAAAGCAAAGACCUCCCUCUCUAACCAGGCGCGGUGGCUUCCUUUUCCUCUUUGUAUCGGCUGCUUGGCUCGUCUUUCGGUACCCGUUCACUGACAUUAACGUUAUCCAACAACAUGAACAUCCUCUUCUUAACAAAACCCAACACGACAACCAAGUCAACGAAUCACCAUCCACAGCCGCCAUUUGCGACAAAAACAUGUCAGUCUAUGUAUACCCUCUGCCGGCCAAGUUCAACCUCGGCCUCCUUCGCCACUGCCACAAACUCAACGUGCACACCGACAUGUGUCCCCACGUCGCCAACUCCGGUCUUGGCCAGCCAAUUUCCAGCGGCGGCUGGUUCGCCACCAACCAGUUCACAGCGGAGAUGAUCUUCCACGCACGUGUGGAGAACCAUCCCUGCCGCACGCGGGAUCCCUCGCGUGCCUCCCUCUUCUACGUUCCCUACUACGGCGGCUUUCACGUUUCAAACAAGUUCCGCGAACAUAACCUGACAGCUCGUGAUGAGCUGGACGUCAGCCUGGUUGACUUUAUCCAAGCGCAGCCUUGGUGGAACAAGCGCAAUGGUCAGGACCACUUUAUGGCCCUGGGGAGGGUCGUACGAGAUUUCAUCCGAAGGCCCAACGACCGCGACUACGGAGCCGGCCGCCUCCUAAAUCUACCCGCAGUGAAGAACAUGUCAGUGUUGAUCAUAGAGAGACAUCCAUGGCAAGGAAAGAACCAGUACGGCAUCCCUUACCCUUCGUAUUUCCACCCGUCCACGGGUCAGGAGAUGGCGUGGUGGCAGAACAAGAUGAGGAACGUCCGGCGGCCCUACUUGUUCUCCUUCAUUGGCGCUCCCAGAAGGAAGGCGGCUAUCAGGAAAGAGUUUAUAAGGCAAUGCGGCGAGUCAACUCGGUGCAAGCUCUUGAACUGCGGUUCUUCUGACGGCCGUAGCAAGUGCGGCGAGCCUAGUGAGGUGCUGAAGGUUAUGUCCGAGUCUCGGUUUUGCCUGCAGGCGCCCGGUGACUCCUUUACUCGGCGGUCAACGUUUGACUCCGUGCUUGCGGGUUGCAUACCGGUGUUUUUUUCACCUCACUCGGCUUACACUCAGUAUGGGUGGUAUUUACCUGGAGAGAGAAGCAGUUACUCGGUGUUCAUAGAUCCGAAAAGCAAAGCAAGUGCGAGAAUAGAGGAGGAGCUCGUGAAGAUUUCGAGUAAAAAGGUUAAGAUGAUGCGUGAAAAGCUUCUAGGUUUGAUUCCAAGUCUUACUUACGCCCACCCCAAUGCGACUAAUUCUGGGAUUGGGGACGCGGUUGAUGUUGCACUUGUAUCAUUGGCCAAGCAGGUCAACAAAGUCAUUAAUUAAUUCUUUGUUUUUUUGUUUAUUGAAUUAUUUUUUUUUGG